AUGUCUAGCACCUGCGAACCAGAAUUGCUUGUGGCACUGUGCCAUAGGAUCCAACUAGAUUAUCCGGUACCUUACGAUUCUCGACGCGACACCCUCUCUCCAACCUUCCAAGGCGAUUUCGAGCACGACGACCUCAGUUCUUAUGAUUGGGCCUCAAUUUCCGAAUCAAUUGCGUCUCUAUGCGUCUUCGAAUCCAAGGGCCAAGUAAUCGCCCUGGCGGUGGAUAGAGAUCUGACAGCCAAGCAAACCGAAAUCCUCCUCGCUGAAAAUGACGAGGUUCAUGACAAGACGUACGAAUUCAUCCAGAACAGGUUCGCCGUCGAACACCCCAGCGUGAAGCGAAUUCACGAUACGGUCUACAACCACAUCCUCGACAGAUUGAAGGGCCGGGCAAGCAAAUACUAUAAGAAAAUGGGGAAGGAAAUAAAGAAGAAGUAUCCCGACUACAAGCCCGAGGAAGUUGCUGCGCCGUCCGACAUGGAAGGCUUCGACGAGCUGCAUUCAUUUAUCUACACCCUCUACAAAAUCACUCAAGAAGGCUCUGUGGACAAGGAGCCUUGGAAUAAAUUCCGCGGGAAGCCAGAUGAAGGAUUAGAGGCAGAGAAAAUCGAGGGUCUCGUCCAAAGAUACUGGAAGAAGAUAGUCAACGUCAAACGCUCCAUAGGCAUACUUCUCAACAACGUCAAGAAUCCGCUAUUUGUGAAAUAUCUGGAGCGAGAAGUGAAGGUCAACCGCCUUGGACAACCUGCGGCUGCUUUGAACAUACCGCCGCAAGACUCAGUCGCCACUUUCUUUAACGCGGACGGCGCUCUUCAUGCGCUUCAUAUUACUGGCCAAUGCAGUAUCGACAAAAUCAAAGAAAUUACCAAGAAGCUCUCCAAUCCCAAACCAUUAUACAAAAACCUUCCAGUUCACUGUGAAAUAAAGAUCCUUGAUUUCCUCGCUCAGAACAGCGACAGGUUCAAGAGCAUCGACUACGUCGGUGUUACCAAACUCGCUUGCGCCGGAUGUCAUCUGUAUUUUGAAGCCUUUGCAAAGGUCGUCAGGCGAGUACGCAAGAAAGGUCAACACGGAAAGUUUUACUUUCCUUGGGGUUUACCAGAUUGGAGUGGGGUGCACAAGGAGGACGGACGCAGGUUACGGCACGAGAUAUUGUCUCUUGCUAUAAAGGAGUGGAAUCAGAGGGCACAAUACGGUGAGGGCCCAGAGCAAGUAGCAGGAGAGGAGGGCACAUCUACUCGAAGUCAGAGGGGUGCAUCGGAGAGCACUGUCGGGUCAUUUUUUGUUGUCAGCGAUGACGUAGAGGAGGUAUUGAGGACGGCCUACUAG